AUGGUCACCCCUGUUCUACCAAACAACAAUCACCUAAAGAAGUUCCUGAAGCUGGAUGUAAAGAUGCUGCCAGUCACUAACUGGAUGGUUCAGGUUGGUGCAGUUGUGUACCCGAGGGCAGUCCUCCUGGAACUGUGCGCAGAGCUGUGGCCGGGUUUGGAGCGCGACACCGCAAGAAGCAAUGCGCUGCCUGUGCCGACACAGCUGCUGACCACGAUGGGGUUCCUAGCGACCGGGGCAUUCCAGAGGGAGCUGGCAGAUCGAUCAGGACUGUGCCAGUCGACACUGAGCCGAGCCAUGCCAGCCGUGUGGGACGGAAUUAUCCACUUGUCCGCCAGGUGGUUAAACUACAGCUUCAGAUGUAACAAGCCCCUGAUUGUCUCUGUGUGCGAAGAACUCAAGUUAAUAACCCCUGUGCGUAAAAGUGUCUUGGAGCAGAGAGCGAAGAUAAAAAGCAGUUCACCUGCCUCUCCAGAAGACACUGUGGUGUUUGUGGACAGAUACCUUGAGAAGCAUGUCACCCCUGGUAGCCUGCAGUCCAUCAUUAAAACAAACCCUCUAUAUAGUUUGACAGAUACAGUGAAGAUUGUUCAGAAGACACCUUCCUGGACUAUUGAGGAGUAUACCACGCAAACAAGCCAUGGAAAAGUAACAGAUCUUUUACAGGAUAAAGAGAAGACACCCAAAGAGCUGGACUUCUGGCUAGAAGAUCAGUUCACACCAGGAUUUGAUGCUUUAUUGAAGAAAAAGGAAGCACAACGACGACGCAAAAGACUUCACAGACUACUUUCUGUCAUAGGCUUGUUUAUCAGUGUAGUUAUUGUUAUCACCAUUGUAGUAAUUGUGGUGCGAGAGAAGAAAGUCUGA